ACGUCGACCGGCGAUCUGAUCGGCGAUUAUCGAUGGCACGAUUAUCAGCGGCAAUUUCCAUUCGCGCGGUUUGCCAUCCGAUGAUAACCCGAGAGAUUUGUAAUUCUCUGUAUGUCAGCGGAAUAGAGCACGUCCUGUUUCCUUUUUGCUUGUGUCAUUCGUAUGUUGUAUCGAGAGAUGCUCGUCCGGCCCUGGCUUGUGACAGCGCUCGUUUAACAUUGCUCAAUAGUAACAUGGCUGAAAGUUUAUAUACAUGUGCGCAUAAUUAUGUACAAACAUUGACGGAAGGACUUUCUCCAUCAUAUUAGCUUGUAUCGCUUGUAUAUAAUUUAGUUAGCGGUAUAUUUUAAUAUAUUCGCCAAUAUUCGUAACACUUGUCCACCAGAAUGAUACAUAGCCUCUUCAUUAUAAAUUCCUCGGGUCGUAUAUAUGUGCAGCGAUGUUUUCAUGGAGAAACAUUGGAAAAGUGCGGUUGCACGGUCGCUUUGCGAUUAUUUCUUUGACCAGCAACGGAGGGUUCUGUCACCAGAGGAUACUCCGCCAGUGAUAGCAACACCGCAUCAUUACCUUAUUAGUAUAUAUCGCUGCAACAUGUUCUUUGUAGCAGUAUGUAUGACAGAAGUCCCUCCAUUAUUUGUCAUUGAAUUCUUGCACAGAGUAGUGGAUACCUUUGAAGAUUACUUCAAUGAGUGCACGGAAACAAUUAUAAAGGAAAAUUAUGUGGUUGUAUAUGAAUUGUUGGAUGAAAUGUUGGAUAAUGGAUUUCCUUUAGCGACGGAGUCCAAUAUAUUGAAAGAAUUGAUUAAGCCACCUAACAUCUUACGCACUAUAGCAAACACUGUGACAGGCAAAUCCAACGUUAGUGCAAUUCUACCAAGUGGCCAAUUGUCUAAUGUCCCUUGGAGACGAACUGGAGUAAAGUACACCAAUAAUGAAGCUUACUUUGAUGUUGUUGAGGAAGUAGAUGCUAUUAUCGACCGAACUGGAGCAACUGUAUUUGCGGAAAUUCAAGGCUAUAUUGACUGUUGCAUAAAAUUAAGUGGGAUGCCAGAUCUCACACUUUCAUUUAUGAACCCCAGGUUAUUUGACGAUGUUAGCUUUCAUCCUUGCGUCAGAUUCAAGAGAUGGGAGUCUGAAAGGAUACUUUCUUUCAUCCCACCGGAUGGUAAUUUCCGCCUUCUGUCGUAUCAUAUAGGAUCACAAAGUAUUGUAGCAAUUCCAAUAUAUGUAAGGCAUAAUAUUAGUCUAAAAGAACUGGGAGGUGGCAGGUUGGAUAUAACUGUUGGGCCAAAACAAACUAUCGGCAGGACUGUUGAAAAUGUAGUUCUUGAAAUUCCAAUGCCAAAGAUAGUCUUGAAUUGUACUCUGACUCCAAAUCAAGGGAAAUACUCAUUUGAUCCUGUCAGCAAAAUAUUAUUGUGGGAUAUCGGGAGAAUUGAUGUUUCCAAGCUGCCAAAUCUCAGAGGAUCAAUCACAAUACAAAAUUCAGCAACUGUUUCCGAGUCAAAUCCUGCGAUUAAUGUACAUUUUACGAUUAAUCAAUUAGCUGUGUCCGGAUUAAAGGUAAAUCGACUAGAUAUGUACGGCGAAAAGUAUAAACCAUUCAAAGGUGUUAAAUACAUUACCAAGGCUGGAAAGUUUCAAAUAAGAAUGUAAAUAAUGUAUAAAAUUUUUCAUAAAUGAAAAAUUUAUUCUUUUUACGUCAUAUCGAGUAUGUAAUAUGUGCUUUAUAAUACAAGUUGUACGGGCAAAUUAAUGAGGAUGAUAAAUUCACACAUGACACGGGAGAUAUAUACUUUUGUUGUAAUAAUAUAUACACUGAUGCAAACUUGUGUUAAGUAAAAUUUUAAAUACAUUUCGAUUUUUAUUAAUUAAAUAAAAAAAUACAUACACAUGUUCUGUACUUAAUAUAUUAUUCCGUACUAUAAAACGAGAUCAGAUAGAGCAGCGAAUAAAAAA